UGGGGCCCCCGGGCAAUAGGGGAUCAUGGGGCCCCUGUGUCCUUGCCCAAACUCAAAAAAGCCUAUGAAAAAGGUACCAGGGGCAUCUCAUGGGGCCCCCUACUGACCCCAGGCCCACGGGCAGUGCCAGAGUUCCCAAAUGGUCAGUCCACCCCGGCGCUGGACCAUAACACAUUAACCUCCCUAGCGGUCUGAUUAUGUCAGUAUUUCUGUGCUCAAAGUGGUACAUUUUUUUGCAUGGAAAUAUGUAUUUUUUUAAUUGUAGGCCUGUAAUUCUUAGGAAUAACUCACU